AUGUCUUCACCCCUCCAUCAUCUGGCCAAGCGCUCAGUCCGGGAGCCGGCUGCCUCCGGCACGAGCCGUGGGGUGAGGGAGACGGUGCUGGGCACCCUGGGGAAAGCGACGAUAUUGCAGAUCCCCCCUGAGCUCCGGGACCUCACCCUGCACUUUGGGGAAGCUGUUUGGAAGCGGGACACGGAGGACCCGCAGAGGAAGCUCGUCCUGCUCAAGUACUCAGACGGCAACUACACCAACUACAUGCAGGGACGAGCUCACUUCCACAAGCUGGACUUCUCCCUGGAGAUCUUGAACACCAGCCGGCAGGACCGGCAGCUCUACGAGUACAUAGUCAGCAAGGGGCCGGAGGAGAAAGUCUGGCAGAUCCAGCUGGAGGUGUACGAGCCGGUGUCCGAUCCCAGCAUCCAGAUCCUCAGCUGGGCGCUGGCCAACGGCAGCUGCACCGUCACCCUCAACUGCACGGCGGAGCGAGGGGACAGCAUCUCCUACAGCUGGGGCAGCCAGGACAACAGCACCUCGGGGCUCUGCCUCCACAACGGCAGCCUCCUGCACACCUCCUACCCCCUGCAGAACUCAAGCAUCGCCUGCGCCUGCACGGCCAGCAACCCCAUCAGCAGCCGGGUCGUCAACUUCAACUCCUCUGAGUGCAGCUACAAGCAAGCGGGCGGCACUGGACUGAGGACGGAGCAUCUCGUGUGGAUAGUGGUGGUGCCCAUCAUCGUAGCGAUGGUAUUUAUUGGGGUCUUCAUGGCCAUCCGUGUGGCCAUGCCUACCGCUGGCCAGGAGCAGGAGCACACGCUGAUUGCCGAGGACAGCGCGGUGCACACCAUCUACUCCCAAGUGCAACGGGUGGAG